UCGAACGGGUCUGACAGCUCUCGUUUCAGGGACAGGCCAAUCAGUGGUCAGCACGCUAACAAUUGCGGUGAAUGCCCCAGUGCCCCGCCAACGGUCGAAGCUCACUCAAGAACGGCUUCCUUGCUGCCCCUCCCUUCAAGACUCCACACUGUACUCCCACGCAACAUUUUCAACCCACACGUCUCGUUACUUGACCUUCGCACCCUCCUCUCCCGUCUACAUCAUCUACCCACACAGCCCCGCGCAUUGCAAACAUGGCCGGCGCCCACGACGAGGACCUGACGCCUGAGCACACCGAGGGCUUCAAGGUUGGCGAGAAGAAGACAAUUGACGAGUACCAGCAGCUGGACCAAAACGACGAGUCCCUCCGCAAGUGGAAAGAGUCACUCGGUAUCGGCGCUGGCAAGGACAUCUCGGACAAGAACGACCCCCGCAAAUGCAUCAUCCUGUCCCUCGGCCUCGAAGUCGAAGGACGGCCUGAUAUCAUCAUCGAUUUGAAGACUCCCGGUGCCCUAGAGGCACUGAAGGAUAAGCCCUUCACCAUCAAGGAAGGCGCCCAAUUCCGCAUGAAGGCCACCUUCCAGGUCCAGCAUCAGGUUUUGGCAGGCUUGAAAUACUUGCAAGUUGUAAAGCGCAUGGGCGUCAAACACAAGAUGCAGGAGAUGAUUGGAUCCUAUGGACCAAACACAGAAGAGAAGCCAUUCCACGAGAAGAAAUUCGAGCCUGAAACCGCUCCUUCCGGCAUGGUCGGCCGUGGCCACUAUAACGCUGUUUCCAAAUUCGUCGACGACGAUGGCGAGUCCCACCUAACGUUCGAGUGGUCUUUCGACGUCAAGAAGGACUGGUAGUUGCACUGCUAUUCCCCAUUGAAAGCUGGCACGAUUCGUGAGGAGUGGACGUCUACUUCUGUGGACCGAAAAGCUCCUCUAUGGGAGAAGAGAAUGAGUCCCUCAAACACAUGAUACAUCUUCAAAAUAGUGAUUUUGAUAGUUGAUGAUAUUGAGGAGACAAAUUCCCGAGGUGGCAAGGGCGGAUACGCAUUCCUAAACCAUAUAUCAGAU